AUGAGCGUGUGGGACGCCGCCGUAGGCGAAGGGCGAGGUGAGGGACGUGCAGGCGCGACGACGGCAGCGACAGGGGCAGGGCCAACCGCUAUAACGGACCUGCAAUUAGGACAAGGAGGCCCGGUGGGUCCGGGGAGUGACGCCAACGCCAACGGCGCCCCGCCAGGUACGAACAACAGCAGCACCACCAGUUCUGGACAAGGAACAGGAACCGACGGCGGCGGCGGUGGUGGUGAAGGUGGACAGGCCCAGCAGCAGGGUGGUGCCAUUGGCCGUCGAACCAACAGCCUCAAGAUUACCGGCAGCCCUCAAAAGAAGUUGAAGCCGCCGCCGCAGCUGCACGAGAGGAGCCUGCUCGUGACCGGCUCUGCCUCUGCCGCGAAAGGACACCAUUCGUCAACCUACCGCCAUCCCGAAGCGCCGCCGCCCCAUCGCUCCCAGUCGCUAUCCGUACAUGAACACCAACACCAACAAACAAGCAACACGCAACAUCUGCGGGUGCAUCUGAGAGGAGGAGCCGCAGCACACGUCCAGGGCCAGAGGCAAGGACCGCCGCAGCAGUACCAGCCCGUCCAGCCGUAUCAGUUCCAGGUGCCCGGAAGAGGACCAGCAGGACUAGGAGUACCGUCGCUGGCAUCCCCUCCCCAGAAUCGAGACACCAUCGCCAACUUCAACAAGAAGCAUCGCCAGACGCACAGCUCGACGAGCGCCUUGCACCGCCAGACCUACUGGCCCGACAACUUCCGCAACCCGCGCCACGGACUCGGCAUCCAGCAUAACACCACGCCCCCGACGACAACGACCCCGAACAACGAGACUGAACGCCCAAAGACGCGUCCCAAAGAGAGUGCGCCUGCUAAAGAGUAA